AAUCGAGAAUCGAGUAAUUUGGUUUUCAGGCCGAAUCUAGUUGAAGAAAAGAUGGGUAAAUUAAAAGUUAAAACAAUUGUACUCUUUUUCCCAGCUCGAGGAAUCAAAGUGCAUAUAUGACAUAUCUUAUAGCUUGAGGGGCCAAAGUAUUAAUUCAUAUAAUUGAGGGGGCAAAGUAUCAUUUAUAAUAGUUACUCCAACGCAUUUAUUUUGAUCUCUUUCAUCUUUUAUCGCAUUUGCAGAAGAUCCCAAUAUUAAUUAAUUAAGAGAAGAAAAACCCACCGACGAGAUCAACCGAUUUCACGCGUCGUCUCCAACUGGACAGCUUCAUCAGAUUAUCUCUCUCUCUCUCUCACACACACUACACACAGUGGGAUACUUACUGUAUGUAAUCCCGAUCUCCGGAGGAAAAAGCGAAUCGACAAUGGCGAUUCAUCUCCGUUUGCUUUCUUCAGCUUUUCAUCUAUUCAUCGCAGUCUCCUUGCUCCUCAACGAUUUCGUCCACUGCAAAACCCUAAAGCGAGAUGUGAAGGCAUUAAAUGAAAUAAAGGCGUCGCUAGGAUGGAGAGUGGUGUAUGCUUGGGUCGGUGAUGAUCCUUGUGGAGAUGGUGAUUUGCCGCCGUGGUCUGGUGUCACAUGUUCGACUGUGAGUGGAAGUGAUUUCAGAGUUGUUACCGAAUUGGAAGUGUACGCAGUUUCUAUUGUUGGUCCUUUUCCACUUGCAGUUACCAACCUGGUGGAUCUUACGAGGCUGGAUCUACACAAUAACAAACUGACCGGGCCAAUUCCAUCUCAAAUCGGACGGUUGAAGCAUCUUAAGAUACUUAAUUUGAGAUGGAACAAGCUGCAAGAUGCCAUUCCUCCUGAAAUUGGUGAACUAAAGCAGCUAACGCAUCUUUAUUUGAGUUUCAAUAGUUUUAAGGGCGAAAUUCCAAAGGAGCUUGCAAAUCUUCCCGAACUUCGUUACCUCCAACUACACGAAAAUCGUCUCAUCGGUAGAAUCCCACCUGAAUUAGGAACUUUGUCAAAUCUGCGCCACUUGGAUGUUGGUAAUAAUCACUUGGUUGGAACCAUAAGGGAACUCAUUCGCAUUGAAGGAUGCUUCCCAGCUCUUCGUAAUCUGUACCUUAACAACAAUUACCUUACUGGAGGCGUUCCAUCACAGCUUGCUAAUUUGACAAACUUGGAGAUCUUAUAUUUAUCCUACAACAAGAUGUCUGGAGUUAUACCAUUCGGGCUUGCUCAUAUUCCUCGAUUGACCUACUUGUACUUGGAUCACAACCAAUUUUCCGGGAGGAUUCCCGAUACCUUCUACAAGCAUCCAUUUUUAAAGGAGAUGUACAUCGAAGGAAAUUCAUUCCGGCCAGGCGUGAAACCUGUCGGCGACCACAAAGUCCUGGAACUUGCCGAUUCAGACUUCCUCUUUUAGGCAAACGAAAGUUUUGACUAGUAUUUAAAUUCCUAUUAGUAUUUAUAUUUUCGGUAAUUCAUUGAUCAGCAGCAGUUAUUUCGUAAAAUUGAUUCAUGUAAGCUUUAGCUCCCAACUGAAAAAACAUCAUUGGGGCUUCAGGCUCGAUCAAACUUGCCUGAAGUGUAUAUAGAUAAUACCUUCGUCGUUAUGCAGAAAACCCGAACUUAUACAAA